AUGUCGGCCUCGCCACCCCGCGUCCUCGUCAUCGGCGCCGGCUCCCGCGGCUGCGCCUACGCCGACGCCAUCGAGUCGAGCUGCAACGGCGUCGUCGUCGCCGUGGCCGAGCCCGACCCCUACAAGCGCGACCGCUUCGGCCGCUCCCGCAUCUGGGGGGCCACCGGUUCGCCCGGGGAGGGCGCCCAGUUCGACGGCUGGAGGGACUACGUCUCCUACGAGAAGCGGCGCCGCGAGCGCGCCGCCGCCAGAGAGGAGGGUGUGCCCCCCGGUGUCGAUGCCGUAUUCGUCUGCGUGCUGGACGAGAUGCACCGCGAGGUCGUCGUCGCUCUGUCAGAGCUAGGCGGGCUGCAUAUCAUGUGCGAGAAGCCGCUGGCAACGAGCCUGGACGACUGCGUCGACAUGUACGCAUCGCUGCGAACGUCCGAAGGCACCGUGUUCUCCGUCGGCCACGUUCUGCGCUAUAGCCCGCACAACAUGAUGCUCCGUAAGCUACUCCUUGAGGACCGCGCCAUUGGCGAUGUCCUGUCCGUCAUCCACACCGAACCCGUCGGCUGGUGGCAUUUCACCCACAGCUACGUCCGGGGCAACUGGCGUCGGGAGAGCACCACGGCCCCGAGUUUGCUGACCAAGAGUUGCCACGACAUCGACGUCCUACUCUGGCUGCUCUGCUCUCCCCCUUCUUGCACCGACCCCAAUUCGGCCCCCCACUUACCCUCCACCGUGUCCAGCUCGGGCGCUUUGCAGUACUUCAAGAAGAGUAGGAAGCCGGCAGCUGCGGGGAGUGCCACAAAUUGCCUCUCAUGCCCCAUCGAGGAGUCUUGCAAAUACUCGGCAAAGAGGGUCUACGUGGGCGGCGAGCUGAGGGGCCUCGGCGCGUGUAACAGCGGCUGGCCAGUCAAGAUUGUUGUUCCGGACAUAGAAGACUACGACAGCGGAGGGGAAGCCCGGGAGGCGCUCCUGGCCAAGUUAAAGGAGGACUACGACCGCAGCAGCAUGCCGGACUCGGAAAUCGCCAAGCGCCCCUGGUUCGGGCGGUGUGUCUACGAGUCCGACAACGACGUAUGCGACGAGCAGAUUGUCACAAUAACGUGGGAUGAAGACCCGUUACCGGCUUCGCCCUCCAAACCCCCUGGCUCGGCUCCCUCCCCGACCGCUGACCCGAUGGGUGGUCGAGGAGCCAAGACGGCAACGUUCCAUAUGGUCGCGCAGACCAAGAAGAUCUGUGAGCGGUACACCCACCUCUACGGCGUCGACGGCGAGAUGUACGCCGAUUCCCGCACCAUCACGGUCGAGGACUUUCGGACUGGCGAGACCAGGACGUACACCCCUCGACUGGAGAGCCUCGGGCAUGGAGGCGGAGACGUCGGUUUGGCAAGGCAGUUCAUCCUCGCCGUCGAUAAGGUCAAGAAUCACGGGUGGGAUGCGGACAAGGCCCAGAGGGAGUUCAUCGGCUGCACUGUCGAGGAGGUGAUCCGAAGCCAUGCCCUGGUGUUCUGCGCAGAGGAGGCCAGGACAGGAAAGAAGGUUGUCGACUGGAACGAAUGGUGGGCGGACAAGGUCAGGGGCCUUUGA